CGCGGUGGGGACGGCGCGUUUCCUUCUGCCCCGCCCCCUGGGACCACCUCUCCUCGGCUCUGCAGCCCCGGGGUCGCUGUCUGGCGGCCGGCCGUUAGCUGGGCUUCCCGAGGCCGCCCCUUCAGGCCUCGCUCUCCCGAGCCGCGGAGAGCCAGCGCCCCCGCAUCACCGCAGGGCCCGUCCCUGCGCCCCAGCUCUGCUUUCCCACGGAGGGAGGGCCGGCUGGGACUCGUGGAGUUUCCCGCCAGGCAGAGUCCGCUCUUCAGGGGAGCUCUGCUUUCCCCGGGACGCUCUGCUUUCACGCCGGCUUCAAGGCUCGGUGUCUUGAGACCUGAAAUCUCCCGACUUCUGCGUCUCACGUAAACAGUUCUCCAACUCUUACUCUGUGGUGUUUCCCUGAGAGGUGAAACCACUAAGACCAUCCGCAGAAAGAAACGUCUGGACCUUUCUGCCCAGGGUACAAGCCCCCCUUAAUUGCCACAGUUUGCUUACCUGGCUCAUCGCCUCCUGGAAUUUGUAUCAUUGCCAGAGUCAGUGAUGUGAAAAGACCUGACAUGGAUGAUAUUGCUGAUGGGGUGAGGAUGGAUGCUGGAGAAGUCACUUUGAUGAACCACAACUCCACCUUCAAAACCAAUCUCCUGCCACAACCAGGUUUUCCAGAGGACCAGCUUUCCUUUUCUGACCAGCAGAUUUUACCUUCCAGGCAAGGAAAUUUGGACCGAUCUUUUACAUGUUCCACAAGAAGUACAGCUUUUAGCCCAAAUUAUUACUCAGGAUUCUUUGUCAGCAAGAUGAGAUCUCCUCCCCUAAAAAGACACAACCCUUCCUCAGACAGUUUUCUUGGCUCAGAUGACUUACGAACCUUUGGUCAAAGUGCAAAUGGCCAGUGGAGAAAUUCCACUCCAGCACCAAUAUCAACUUUACAAAAAUCAAGAAAUAGUCGAAGUCUUUACCUCGAAAGCCGCAAGACCUCAAGUGGAUUAUCAAACACCUUUACGGGAAAGUCAAACCAUCACUGCCAUGUGUCUGCAUAUGAAAAAUCUUUUCCUAUCAAGCCUGUUCCAAGUCCGUCUUGGAGUGGUUCAUGUCGUCGAAGUCUUUUAAGUCCUAAGAAAAUACAGAGGCGGCAUGUUAGUACAGUGGAAGAGACAGUUCAAGAAGAAGAAAGAGAGAUCUACAGACAGCUACUACAGAUGGUCACAGGGAAACAAUUCUCUGUGGCUAAACCCACCACACAUUUCCCUUUACACCUGUCUCGCUGUCUUAGUUCCAAUAACAAUAUUUUGAAAGGCUCACUGUUCAGAAAUGGAAACUCUUGUGCAUCUCAUGUCAUUGGCUCUGAUACUUCAUCAUCUGGAUCUGCCAGCAUUUUAACCACCCAAGAACAACUGUCCCACAGUGCAUAUUCCCUGUCGUCCUGUACCCCAGAUGUUGUAUUUGGAGCCAAAGAUUCUGAUCCUUGCCAUCAACCUCACCAUCACCACUCAAUUCCACAUCAGCCAGAUAACUUACCAGCAUUAAAUACAGUAUCUGAAGGAUCAGACUCUGUGAUUUUACUCAAAGUGAAAGAUUCUCAGACUACAACUCCCAGUCCUACUUUUUUCCAGGCAGAGCUAUGGAUCAAAGAACUAACUAGUGUUUAUGAUUCUCGAGCACGAGAAAGAUUGCGACAGAUCGAAGAACAGAAAGCAUUGGCAUUACAGCUCCAAAACCAGAGAUUACAGGAACCCUCAGUGCUCGAGUCAGUAGAACUGCAUCUUCGUGUGCCUCUAGAAAAGGAGAUUCCUGUCACAGUUGUUCAAGAAGCAGAAAAAAAAGGUCAUAAAUUAACUGCUAGUGAAGAUGAAUUUCCUGAAAUUACAGAGGAAAUGGAGAAAGAAAUAAAGAAUGUAUUUCGUAAUGGGAACCAAGAUGAAAUUCUCAGUGAAGCAUUUCGCUUGACUAUUACACGCAAAGAUAUGCAAACUCUUAACCAUCUAAAUUGGCUCAAUGAUGAGAUUAUCAAUUUCUACAUGAAUAUGCUAAUGGAACGAAGUAAAGAAAAGGGAUUGCCAAGUGUGCAUGCAUUUAAUACCUUUUUCUUCACUAAGUUAAAAACGGCUGGCUAUCAAGCAGUGAAACGCUGGACAAAGAAAGUGGAUGUAUUUUCUGUUGACAUUCUUCUGGUGCCCAUUCAUUUGGGUGUGCACUGGUGUCUAGCUGUUGUGGACUUUAGAAAGAAGAAUAUUACCUAUUAUGAUUCUAUGGGUGGAAUAAACAAUGAAGCCUGUAGGAUCCUCUUGCAAUACCUAAAGCAAGAAAGUAUUGACAAGAAAAGGAAAGAGUUUGACACCAAUGGCUGGCAGCUCUUCAGCAAGAAAAGCCAGGAAAUUCCACAGCAGAUGAAUGGAAGUGACUGUGGGAUGUUUGCAUGCAAAUAUGCUGACUGCAUUACCAAAGACAGACCAAUCAACUUCACACAGCAACACAUGCCAUACUUCCGGAAGCGGAUGGUCUGGGAAAUCCUCCACCGAAAGCUUUUGUGAAGAUUGUCUCAGUGAGCAGACAGUGACCCUGUGGGGGACCAGCCUUUUGCUAUCUACAGCCAGAGACCUUGGAAACAGCUGCUCCUAACCCUCUGUUCUUGUAAAGCCCUUGAUCCUGGACCAGGCCCAGGCGAGAUGCAUUCACAAGCACAUCUGCCUUUCUUUUUGUAUCUCAGAUACUAUUUUUGCAAAGAAACUUUGGUGCUGUGAAGAGGUGAGGGACAUCCUUAAGCUGAAGAGAGACUGCUUUUUAUUUUUUCAGUUCUGCCAUCUUAUCAAAGGGCUCCAGCCUCACUAAGUCCCUAACUAGGGGGCUGAGAAAAGCUUGGCAAGAAUCAUGGUUUCUCAUUGAUUGGUAGGCCUUAUGAAGAAGUAGAAAAGGGCAUGGACAAGAGGUAGGGACAAAAACACCAGCAUAUACAUGCACAUAGGUUUCAAAGAUGCAGAGUCAGGAAUGUGACAGAACUGGACUUUAGGGCACAAGCAUAAGUCCCCUUCUUCAGGCCCCCUCCUAUUUAUAGGCCCCUAUAUGAAACCUAACUGCUUUUCUUCAAGGCUGUUUCAUCAUUGUAGCAUAUUCUGAGGCCCAGUACACAAGCCCUGGCAGACCCCCAAAGUCCCAAGCAAUCCUUUCCUUUUGAGCAAGGGUGUAUGUGUGCUAAUAGCGCAUGCUAUGGGGAAGAGCCCCCUAGAGGGUUCAGUGCAGCAACAAAGCCCCAGUUUUACUGUUGCCCACUUCUGAUCUAGAAGAAGGACCUCAGUCUUUAGCGUAAAAUUCCAGCAUUGAGCAAAUGCAGGUCUAGUUGGUCUGUGGCUAGUUAGUUAAAUAUGCUUCUAACCACAGAGGAUUUUAUAUAUACAUAUAUCUUUAUAUGUGUAUAUAUAGAUAUUUCACAGGGAUAUGUUUUUUAAAAAAGACUGAAUGUGUUCACCAUUUAGCCUGUAGAUUUAUUUUCAUUUUCCAAAUUCCUGCACACAUAGAUACCAACCCCUAUGUGUAGGGUGGUUGUAGAUUUCCUAACAGAGUAUUUUGAGGUCUGGAUAAAUUUUGGCUUAGGGGUAAUGAUUAUCAAGGGAGACAAGAUUUUCAUCUGAAAAACGGGUGGAGUUUAGACUGAUGGACUUGAGAUUUUUAAAACUACUAUUCAUUUUGUUCUUUCUAGCAUCUCUCCCACCUUCUGAGAGCUCCUAAGGUUUAGAUAGUGAAGUGAUCCAAUGCCAGUGUCAUUUUGUACUUAAGUUCCAAACUAGGAACAUUUUAUACAUUUUUCUGUAUUGUAAUAGGUAGUUUUAUAUAAAAUCUUUUUCUCCCCUUGUACCCCAUCCUUUCCAGCAUUGUGCUUUCUCCUUGGGCUUAUUUGAAAAUUUUACUCUGUUUUAUACCAAGCUUGUUUAGUACAUUUUUCUAUGUUUUACCACAAGUUGCAAUUUGAAAAGAAAACUAUUUUUUUUAAAUAAUUCCAUUGUUAACUGAAUGUUACUCUCUCCACUCCAGCAACACUUGUCCUACUUUUCCCCUACCUGCCUGCUUUUCAGGGGAAGAUAACCUUUUGUGUGUUUAUUUCCUCCCUCUUUUGCUUCUUUCCUUUGUUUCUUCCUUUCCUUCUCUUUUUUUCUUUUGACAUUUUCUAUAGGAAAUAAAUAGCUUUCUAUGUAUCAGUUUCUGGAACAUUUCACAUCCUCUGUUAGAAAGCUAUAGCAUGCAGACUCACUGUAGGAUUCUUGGAAUAUUGUCUCAUUCUUGGUACUUACUAUUUUUUUUUAAGUGACAAAAGAUGGCAAUAAGGUGUCAAUUUAGACUAUGAAACAAAAGACUUGAGUUUUUCAAGCUCUCUUACUGUUGUCUAGGGCAACAUAAGAUAGUUCUGUGUAUUUAUUGUUUGUUCCAUUUGAUAACAUCUGUCUUACCUUCCUUGACGAUCCUUUGUAUAGACCAAAGCAACAAAUAUUUAUUGCCAUGUAUUGCAGAAAAUGAAACAUGCAACAAAAGCACUUUGCAAAAUAUAUAAGAAAUUGUUGAGCCUGUCUGAAAGUUGGCCCCCUUUUUCCAAUGAAGUUUGAAUAUAUACAAGGUAUAAACUAGUGAUACUGAGGCCAUCCUGUCAUCCCAAGUAUGGUAGGGGUGAGCCAAACUGUGGCCUGGCAUAACUUAAUAGGAACAGAGUAUGAACUUCAUAAAGGGCCAUUCUUCUCAGAGACCCAACCAGCAAGACCAGGAUGAGGAAACUUCUUAAUUGAGGAGUGAACAUUGAUGAUCAAGACUGUAAAGGAUGCUUCUAUAUCCCAUGGCCAAUGGCAUGUUAACAGCAUCUUUAACCUUCAAACUAAAUAAGCUUAUUGUUUUCCUUUUCCUCUGUCUCCCUUUACCCCUGUGUUAGGUGCUCAUAACCACCUAUCUCCCCUACAAAAGGAAUACUUGAAGGAUUAGGAGUCCUAUGUAGAGUUGGAUGUAGUAUUUUUCCUUAACUUAGUAUCAGUUCACUCUUCUGUAUUUGAGGUCUUUCAUAUUUAUGCUAUCAACUUCUCUAUUCUACCCCCCCCCCCCAAUAGGGUCUCACUAUAGCCCAGGCUGACUUGAAAUUCACUGUGUAAUCCAAGAAUGGCCUCAAACUCACAAGAGAUCCUCCUACCUCUGCCUCCCAAGUGCUGGAAUUAAAGACAUGCACCACCACACCCAGCUAACUUCUCUUUUCUUUAGCCACUGUGACCAUAACAGCAUCAUGUGCUCAACUGCCCUCAGCAGGGGUAGAAAUAGAAAACUUAGAGAAAGUUCUUCACCCACCCCUUCCAUAGCCUAGCCAUCACCCUCUGGUUUUCCAUGGCCCAUGAUAGGAUCUAGUGGGAGAGAGUAAAGAGCACCCGUAUUUUUAAUGUAUGAGCCUCUGGAAGCAUGUCUCAUUAGAGAGCAGCAGAUGACUGACACUUGGGGUUUGUCUUUUUCUUUGCUGCUGCACCUGGAUGAGCUAAUGCAAGAUAGAGUAAUGUGCUUUCAAGUUAAAGUUGAAGACCACGGUUAACAUUGGCUUGGUUUUAGAAUUAAGGCCUCUAUCAGAGCUUAACCCUAAAUAUGAUGGGCCUGGUUGCAUACUUCUAAGCUGAGGAAUAACCAUAAGUUACCUGACUUCUUCUGUUUUUUGCCCUACCCUUGGCAGAACCUAAGUACUAGGAAAGUAUAAGAGAAUGGUACAUAUGAGCCCAGAGCCUAUUCUGGUUGUAAUCCCUCAUUCAGUGUAAUUUUUUUUUUCUACAAAUACCUACUGAAUACAUAAAUCCAACUCUGGUUUAAA